CAUCUCGUUAUUUUCUAGAUGCAAUCACCUUUUUGUUUGCGUUUGUUCCUGACAGUUAUACGAAGGUCACAUAUACGUACGUUUGAAAAUUCAAUGCAACAGACUUAAUGGCCGCUGGAAAGUCGUGAGCAGCGAUUCGCCCGGCGGCUCUCCACAUUCGUGCGUUUCGUCUUAGCGCGCGUUACAACGCGAUUAGGCACAAGUAACGCGUCGCCGAGAUCAUAGCUAUCCUUCUUAUGCCGUCAUUUUGCUAGAUAAUCAAUCAUGGAGCAAGAUACAGAAUAUAUGAAAUUACCUCUGGAGGAACGUUGUGUGCACAAGUCUUGGAGGGCGCGUUUGCAUGGUUACGAGGAAUGUGUGAAGACGUUCCAAUGUAUCGACGACGAGAAAUCGGCGGAGUGGAACAAAUAUGUAGGCUUCAUCAAGAAGUUUGUGGUGGACAGCAACGCAGCGGCGCAGGAGAAAGGAUUGGAGGCGACGCUGGCCUUUGUGGAGAACGCUGCGGUGGCUGGCAAGAUAGUCGGUGAGGUGAUGAGCGGCAUCGUGUCGAAAUGCAUCGCCGCGCCGAAAGCAAAGACUAAGGAGCUGGCGGUGCAGAUCACGUUGAUGUACAUGGAGAUCGAGAAACACGAGGCGGUACAGGAAGAACUGCUACGCGGCACAGAGGCGAAGAAUCCCAAAAUCGUGUCCGCGUGUAUCGCCACGUUGACUUUAGCGCUAAAGGAAUUUGGCCCGAAGGUUGUGAAUAUGAAACCGCUGAUGAAGAAAAUAGCGAAUUUCCUGGAGGAUCGGGAUAAAACGGUGCGUGAAGAGAGCAAAGCGAUGGUAGUGGAGAUGUAUCGUUGGAUAGGCGAUCGUCUAAAGCAACAACUCAACACAUUGAAACCAGUACACAUCACAGAAUUAGAGGCGGAAUUUAAUAAUUUGUCUGAUAACAAAGUGAUACCUACGCGUUACCUGCGCUCGCAGAGGCCGAAGACCGUCAGCAGUGGCACGGUAGCAGAUGCGGCAGUAAGUGACAACGGUGAAGAAGACAACGAAGACGGCGAUGGCUCUUCUGUGCCGGAUAUAGACCCGUACGACUUGUUGUCACCCGUGGACAUCUUGUCGAAGUUGCCGAAAGACUUCUACGAAAAGGUUGAGGCGAAGAAGUGGCAAGAACGUAAGGAAGCGUUGGAGGCGCUUGAGACGCUUGUAAAGAAUCCAAAAUUGGAAAACGGUGAUUAUGGCGACGUGGUACGUGCUCUGAAGAAGAUUAUUUCGAAGGAUACGAAUGUGCUAGUGGUCACAUUGGCUGGUAAGUGUCUGGCUGGUCUCGCGUCAGGCCUGAAGAAGCGUUUCCAGCCGUACGCUGGUGUCUGCCUUCCUGCGAUCUUGGAGAAAUUCCGCGAGAAGAAGCAGACGGUGGUACAAGCGUUGCGCGAAGCCGCCGACGCUAUUUACCAGAGCAUCAACAUCGAGCAGAUCUUGGAGGACACUCUCGCUGCGUUGGAAAACAAAAAUCCCGCGGUGAAGGCUGAAACGACUGCUUUUCUGGCUCGUUGCUUCACUCGCACGCCACCGGACAUGCUGAAUAAGAAGUUACUGAAGGCGUAUUCCGGCGUACUGCUGAAGACGCUGAAUGAGCCGGAUCCAACAGUGCGUGACAACUCGGCGGAGGCAUUGGGCACAGCGAUGAAGCUGAUCGGUGAGCGAGCGAUGAUGCCGUUUCUCACGGACAUUGACAAUCUAAAAAUGACAAAAAUCAAGGAAUGCGCGGAAAAGGCGACGAUCGUCGUUAAGGUAUCGGGCGCGACGAAGAAAGCAGCUGUGGAUCGACCUAAUACUGCACCGGCAAAGGUAGAAGCAAUGAAGGUGACGAACAAGGAGAGCAAGGAUAAGAAAGCCAACGCUACCAAGAGACCUAACAGCAGCCACACCGCCGCAAACAAGAAGUCAGCAGCUAAGAAACCCAGUGCAUCGUCGACGAAUUUGGCGCCGUCCAAGAAGCAGCCGACCGAGAGGAGCUACAGCCCCGAAGAGGUCGACGAGUUAGCGGUACAGCUGUUACCGGCCGAGGUAAUCUCAGGCCUGAUGGACAGCAACUGGAAGAUGCGUUUAACGGCGGUCACGCAGCUGUUGGACGUGGUGAAAAGCAUGGAUCCGGUCGAAGUGUCCGCGCAGGUGAUCGUGCGCACGAUGGCGAAGAAGCCCGGCUUCAAGGACACGAACUUUCAGGUACUGAAGCUGCGUAUUGAAGUGGUCAAGCAUCUGGCCGAGUGUCAUCCGUUCUCGGUCACCGUAGCCGAGUACUGUCUUGUGGAUAUUGCGGAGAAGCUGGCGGAUUCGAAGAACAGCGCGAUCGCCGCGGAGACGCUACUAGCGAUUGCUGAGGCCACGAGCUUUGAGCAUGUUGCGGACGAGAUAGUCGCUUAUGCAUUCAAUCAGAAGAACCCGAAGGUGCAGCAGGAGACGCUGCUGUGGCUAUGCCGUGGCCUCGCAGACUUCGGCUGCUGUCUCAACGUCAAGUCCAUCAUUGAGCACGUGAAGCGCGCGGUGGCGGCAACUAAUCCCGCCGUGCGAACUGCCGCUAUAACACUCUUAGGUACGCUCUAUCUGUACGUGGGUAAGCUGUUGUUAUCGUUCUUCGACAAUGAGAAGCCGGCGUUGAAGCAGCAGAUCGAACAAGAGUGCGAGAAGCGCAGCGGCGAGACGCCGCCGGCGCCUGUUCGCGGCGCCAAGGCCAAGAAGGCAGGCAGCAACAAUGUUCAGAAUGACGAGGAUGACGACGAAGAUUCUGCGGAAUUGUCGGACAAGAAACAGCCGUUGGCCGCCGGUAACAGCGAGCAAGAUCUAAUUAAUGAUCUGAUACCUCGUGUUGAUAUCAGUAGCCAGAUUACGGAUGGGCUUUUAGCUGAGUUGGCUGACAAGAAUUGGAAAGUACGUAACGAAGGUUUGCAAAAAGUGAACUCUUUACUCAGCGAGGCCAAAUACAUCAAGCCCAACAUCGGCGAUCUGCCACAGGGCUUGGCGUUGCGCUUGGUCGACAGUAACAGCAAAAUCGCACAAUCGACUUUAGGUAUAUGUGAGACGUUGGCGACGGCCGUCGGUGCGCUGGUAAAGCAACAUGUCCGCAUCCUGUUUCCCGGGUUCUUGCAGUGCUUGGGUGACAGCAAGAACUGGAUCAGAACAGCUGCAAUUUCCUGCAUCAAUAUCUGGGGGGAUCAAUGUGGUUACAAGGAGUUCUUCGAUGGCGAGAUGAUAGGGGACGCUUUGAAGGCAGGCUCGCCGAUGCUUCGCGCUGAGCUUUGGAAUUGGUUGGCGCAGAAGUUGCCUACAAUACCUGUGAAGCAGAUUCCCAAGGAAGAGCUACUUGUGUGCCUUCCAUAUCUGUUCGCUAAUCUGGAGGACCGCAAUUCUGAUGUGAGAAAGAACGCUCAGGAAGCUGUUCUCGGGUUCAUGAUUCAUUUCUCGUAUGAGGCAAUGGUUAGAAACACUGAAAAAUUAAAGCCUGGUUCGAGGACUGUAGUACUUGCUGUAUUGGACAAAGCUCGUCCUAGUUUACCUGUGAAACCUCUGCCCAAGAAAGAACCUUCGGACGAGAAUAUCCAGAAGGGUGCCGCCAAGGGUGCAAAAGUGGCAAAAGUGGUUAAACCGAAGGGCGCAUCAUCAAAAGCGCUGGGCAGUGCUCGCAAAAAGGAUGACGACGUGGAUACCAGUCCUCUGUUGGUGGUCAACAAUUUGAAGCACCAACGCGUGAUUGACGAGCAGAAGCUGAAGGUGCUCAAGUGGAAUUUCACCACUCCUAGAGAAGAAUUUGUCGAGCUUCUGAAGGAACUUAUGGCUACGGCGAAUGUUAACAAGACAUUAAGAGCGAAUAUGUUCCAUUCUGAUUUCCGAUAUCAUCUGAAAGCCAUUGAAGCACUCACCGAGGAUUUACCUGGGAAUAGCAAAGCACUGGUAUCUAAUCUGGAUCUCAUCCUCAAGUGGUUGACAUUGCGAUUCUUCGAUACUAAUCCUUCUGUGCUCUUGAAAGGACUGGAUUACCUGCAGCUGGUUUUCAAUUUAUUGAUAGAAGAUCAAUACCAUAUGUUAGAAACUGAAGCGGCAUCAUUUAUUCCUUAUCUUAUCAUCAAAAUAGGAGAUCCGAAGGAUGCCGUGCGCAAUGGCGUGCGAGCGCUGUUUAGGCAAAUCGCUCUAGUGUACCCUGUGAGCAAGUUGUUCUCGUACGUGAUGGAAGGCCUGAAAUCGAAGAACGCGCGACAACGAACAGAAUGCCUGGAUCAAUUAGGAUCGCUAAUUGAGAAUUACGGAGUUUCUGUCUGCCAACCCAGUCCGUCUGCGGCGUUGAAGGAAGUGGCGAAACAAAUAGCGGAUCGCGACAAUUCCGUUCGUAACGCCGCUCUCAAUUGCAUCGUUCAGGCUUAUUUCCUGCAAGGAGAACGUGUAUUCAAGCUCAUUGGUCAAAUAUCGGAGAAAGAUAGAUCGUUGUUGGACGAGCGCAUCAAAAGAGCGGCAAAGAAUCGUCCUACGAAAUCUGCGUCCGCCAACAAGCUUUCGACGCCUGUAGUUACAGCUUCCAGUCCUCCCACGGACGACAUGGAGGCGGAUUACGAAGAGGAGCAGGAGGAGAUUCCUGAGGUGGUGGAGUCGGUGCCAGAAUUGCCAAUAGCCACGAACACUGAUAAUAAUCCGGAGAAACAGGUGCUACUUUCUGUUGAUGUUCAGUCCACUUCUGAACCAUGCCAGGAAAUUGCCAGCGAUCUCAACAUCGAUAAUGCACAAAAUUGUGUACCCGAUAACGAUUGUGACAAUUCGACAAAGAAUUCUCCCACAUCUACUCAAACGAAAGUCUCAGGUCCUUUUGGAUUAGAUAUGGAAUUUUUGCAAAGGAUCGAACUGAGUGCACCGGUAAAAUAUCGUAAUCCGAUAUUACUGGAGCCCAGUUUGUCGGAUCUAAACGAAGCUCCGAUUAAUAUGUUGAAUACACCAAAAACACAAAUGAUACCGAUUUCACCACCAAAGUUGUUGGUGUCAAAGUCAGCAUCUGCUGUAUCACCUACUGCCAGUAGUCACGAUGACAUGUUGGAGCGCAACAUCUUAUCCAUGGCUAGUAUGGACUUGCCCACUGCGAUACAAUCUAUGAACAGCAUAGAAAACUUAUUGAAGUCCCAUCAAGCGGCCAGUUUACAAUCCAAAGAAGAUAAAUUCAUCGGUUCGAUAAAUAUGCAACUAAAGUUGUUGCAGACGUAUCCAUUACGCCAGGAAAACGUGGACGUAUCCAGAGGCUUUAGAAAUACGUUCUUGGUUAUACUUGUGUUUUAUGACACUGGAUAUCUUGGAAAAAACGUUACUUUCAUGCACUUGAAAGAAUUAGUAGAUCAAAUGAUAAGUUUGCUCGCUGAAAACAAAUUGGAACAUUUGCAUCAGGCCGGAGCUUAUUAUAGAGUGAUUAACAACAUCAUGGUGAAGAUUAUCGACAAUUCUAAUCAUACUACUAUUAUAUGCGUGUUAAUUAAAUUGCUUCAUUCCUGCGCCGAGUCAAAUGUUCCUUCUAAGUACGAGGAAUUGGUGAUGAAGUGUCUGUGGAAAAUUGUAAAAACGAUGUCGAAUUGGGCACCCGACUUGGAUUAUGAUACGAUACUCUUGGAAGUGCAUCGCUUUCUAAAGGACUAUCCCACUACGUGGUGGAAGAAACAGAAAUCUGACACUCCAUUACGAACAGUCAAAACUGUCCUCCACAGCAUGACCAGAGUGAAAGGCAGUACGAUACUUAAUCAUUUGACGUUGAUAAACAACACUAAUGAGUCUGAAUUGCAUGCAUACUUAAUAAGAUUAAUCGCGAGUCUUAAGCCAGAUGAGAUUAAUGCUACAGCAAAAUUAAACCCGAAAUCAAAUAAUAUGGGUAGGACGCCGAAACAUCUGUCCAAAUCCACUCGACAACAGUUGGCGGAAAUAUUUAAGAAAAUUGGAUCAAAAGAGCAAAUGCAAGAAGGUUUGACACAGUUAUACGACUUUAAGCUUCAAUACCCCGAAGCUGACGUGCAACCGUUUCUAGUGAAAUCUCAUCAAUUUUUCCAAGACUUUAUCGAGCAGGGACUUAGGCAGAUCGAUCAGGCGCGCAAGAGUCAGAGCAUCUUGUCACAAGCUAACAAUCAGUAUUCUCUGGAAACCACCGAGUCACCGUCAGCGGGUUCCGAAGACAAGGAUAUGAUGGACCCGAUGCACAGACUUGAGAAACUACGAGCUCUUGAAGCGCAAUGUAGAACGACUUCGCAGCCGAACCCACCAUGAACAAUAUUGCGCGCGUAUAUGAAAAUUAUAGGUAAGUGACACACACAACACACACACACACAUACACACACACACACACACACACAUAUAUAUAUAUAUAUAUAGCAAGCAUACUCGUUUAACAUCCUCAUUCGCGUCUCAAAACAUACAAUUUUGUUUCGUCAUCUACCUUUUCGUUCUUUUUAUUUUUACAACACUAAGUUUCCGACGAAGUGAGUUGCCAGUUGAUUUUCCGAGUACAAAUCUCAUCCCCCAUUUGUGUCGCUAAACGUCUUCAUCCAAAAAAAAGAGAUGCGUGUUAUUUAUUCACGUUGAGUUUAGUGAUGCUCGUGCUCAUACGAUUUGCCUUUAGCAGCAGACGUUUUCGAGCGAGCAAAUUGCAGGAAAUAAGUUAACGAGCGGUUAAACGCAUACUGACACAAAUUACAUUAUCAUACAUUAUCCUACUUUCCGAUUAUAGUUGCUGUGUAACAACACGUUACGUCCCCGUUAAUGAUAAUAUUGCGUGCUAACGAUAAUGUUUGUUCUUUCUUCCGUAUAGUAGUUAUGUAUAGUUGAUAAUGUCAAUAAUUAUAUACGUAAGAUUAAUUAUAUACGUAGAGUGUUCCUCAAUAUGCGGGUAUAAUUUUUGCAGGUAAAUCCAGCAUGAGAGAAUAAUUGAAAGAUUCAUGCGAACAUCUCUUCUGUUCUACCCAUCCUUACGCUGUAUAAUUUAUUUGUUUCAAACACUCAGAGCAAUCCAUCAUUCCGCACUUUAUUCUCCCGAUGGAAAAUUGCGGAUAUUAAUAUGAAUAUUUGUUUCGAUAGUGAUAUUGAUAUGUUCAUUAGACAAUAUGUAGAUUAAUGUAUUUAAUAGUCAGGUAGGAUAGAUGUUCGCGUGAACUUUUUUUCACUAUUUCUGCUGGAUAUACUUCCGAAGUUAUUACCCAUGUACUGGGAUACAUGUCGUGUAACAUGUAUGCAUAAGUACACAAAAGGCGCGAUUCGAAUAAAAUUGUAAUCAUGUGUCAUCGUUGCAACUUGAUUUUGCAAUCGCGUUUUACGUUAUUUCCAAAAAUAAAUUUUUUCUAUUUUGAACAUUUGACAUUAAAUUGUCGGUAUUUCGUCGUUGCUUUCGUGGAGGAACUGUACCUACUUCCUCGUGAAUAUCACUCGGUUCCUUAAGCGUUAUGGCAUUUAAGAAAAGCAUUACUGUAGAAUUAAAAUUAUUUUCUUAUAUAUCUGUAUCGGACUUCAGAAUCAAGAUUUUCAAAGCGGUCUGAUAAAGCCCAAGAGAUAAGAUAAAUUUACACGGUACCUGUCCAAAUAUUAUGAUUAUUAACGAUAUAAAAGGACAAAAAUAGCAAUUUUUGUAGAAUUUUUCUCACGUGAGAAAUAUAUCAGAACAUACACGGCGGAGUUUUCGCGAGAGCAACGACUAUCUAUUAUCUAUCGAGACGCAAAUCUGUUAUAUCCCAGUUAGUAUUUAUUAAUAAGACCGUAUGAUAACGUAUCGGUCGUAGUGAUCAGCAUCGUUAUCGACGCUUAUUAACUCGGUGUAAUGAUUGCCGUUGAGCCGCAUAAAACUCGUAACUCAAGCAAAUUCAGAAUAAAAUGUCACGUUGGACCUUUAUUGUAUGGAAAUUUUUUUUUGAGUGAUUCGCUCGAUGACCAGUGACAGAAAUUGACUGAUCGAAUGUUGCAAAUUAAUUGAUCAGUCGUGCAGUUACGCACUUAUUCUAUAAUUUCAAUCACAUUGACUACUCGAUUUUACUACGAAUUAAUAAAUCGCUUGAUUUAUUACAAGUUGAAUAUUGCAUGAUUUUUUGCUAAUUAAGUGCUAAUUACUCAACUUUCACAUGUUAAGUAAUUAUUACAGAUAGAGUACAAAGUCUAAUAAAUUUACAAGUAGGAAUAAUUAAUAAUUAUUGUAGUAAUUUACGAAUAUGCAACAGAAAUAAAACAUUACAAAAUAGAAUAUAUAUUAAAGUACUGCAAAUAUCUCUGUUCUACUUAAUAUUUUUAUUAAUAUCGAGUUAAAUAGAUCAUGAUUAUGUAAACAUUUCGUUUUUCAUUUAUACGCGUAUUCGUACCUAAGAUGAUGUUACGAGAUUUUUGCGACUCUCUAUUGAAAAAUAUAUCUACCUUUCUAUUAUUGGUGCAGAGGAAAGAGAAAAAAGAACAUAGCAAAUAUCUACUCUUAAGCGAGUCACCCAGAUCAAACAGGCUUUACGAAUACCCUUCUAUCUAAUACAGUACACGAAUCGACUCGUUGCUAUAUUUGAGAACUUAUCGCUUUCUGAACACUUAUAUUCUGUAGUGUAAAUAGGACAUGUAUAUAUUAUACACGUAACUAAUAAAAGAAUAUUCGACGAAA